UUGCACAAGAGACUGGAUGCUCUCUGCAUAACAAUAACAAAGAAGUAUAUUAACAGGAAUGUAGAUAUAACAGACCUGAGCAGCUGUUUCAACAUCAUCAUUGUAAUAGGGCCAACGUGCUUUUGGACUCCAUUAGUUGUUGAUCAACGAAGCGAUGAGAAUCUAAUCACCCUAAUAUUUUGUGAAAACGGUUGCACAAGAGACUGGAUGCUCUCUGCAUAACAAUAACAAAGAAGUAUAUUAACAAGAAUGUAAAUAUAACAGACCUGAGCAGCUGUUUCAACAAAGGCGGGUCACUAGAGCGUUCUGUGUAAAAAAACAAAAACAAAAAACAAGAACAUGGCUGAGUCAACCGCUCAGCAUCCUCAAAUAUCUGGAGCUUUCUUCGAUCAAAUUCUUUUCGGUUUCGCCGCUCCACAAGCUUUGUUCACCGCUUGUGAGCUGAAAAUCUUCGACUCGCUCCACGAACAACCCAAGUCGUCAUCCGCAUUAAUAGAGCAGCUACCUGCAGCAAGCGAGUUGCGAGGCUUAACUAUACUCAUGGACACUCUAGUUACCCUUGGACUACUCCAGAAAAACACCUCAGUGGUACCAAAUCUCUACGAGAACACUCCGACAGCUGAUCGCUUCCUUGUGUCCGCAAGUAGUAGUUCGAUUACCGGAUUUGUCAAGUUUGUCAUGAUGCAACAAUCUUACUUGAAUUCGACUAAUUUCAUAUGCGCCAUCAAGAACGAGAAGGCUCUCGGGAAGACGUGGGAUCAUUUUUACCACUCAAAAGAAGAUCUGAUGAUCUUCCAGCAGGGCUUCGACCACCUGACAAGCAUUGAGGGGCCGCCACUGCUCUCUGCUUUCGACCUGAGCGCCUUCAACCAAGUGUGUGAUCUUGGAGGUGCCACAGGCCGGCUUGCGUACGAGGCUUCAAAUCUUUACCCAAACAUGAAGAUGACCGUGUUCGACUUGCCCCAGGUGAUUGAAUCAGCCAGUCAUUUCAAACCUCCUGCUGACGAGUACCCCAACCAGGAUAACGUUACCCUCAUAUCCGGGGACUUCUUCACAGAUGAGCUCCCUAAAGCAGACCUAUACACUUUGAGGAACAUCGUCCAUGAUUGGGGUGACGACAAGGUGGACUUGCUGUUAGAAAAGGUCUUCAAAGCUCUGCCUUCCGGAGGAGGGAUACUUCUCGGUGAGAUGCUAAUGCCUGAGGACAAAACCGGCCAUUUGUUGAGCAAUAUACUAUCCAUGAUUAUGUUUAUGUUCUGCGAUACUGGCGCGCAUGAGAGAACCGCGCAAGAAUACACAAAGCUGUUGCAGAAACAUGGGUUUGUAGACGUACAGACUAGAUCGACUGAUGCUGCACUCACCGAUGCUAUCUUGGCCAUCAAACCGUAAACAUGGAUGUAAAUGUGAAUAAAGAUUGUGAAUGCGA